AGGGCGAAGUGUCGAUUUCCGAUCGUCGAUGAGGCGGAUUACUGCCUCGGUCUGCUGCUCCAUCAUUUCAGCUGAUCCAGAGGACUCCCUCGGCAGGAUAGUUCCUCUGCACUCCCAGCACAGACCCGGCAGCAUGGAUUUUAAUGUGAAAAAACUGGCUUCGGGUGCGGGGGUCUUCUUUACCAGGGCUGUUCAGUUCACCGAGGAGAAGUUGGGCCAGGCUGAGAAGACAGAGUUGGAUCCUCACCUUGAGAACCUGCUUUCUCGGGCUGACUGCACUAAGAACUGGACCGAAAAGAUCUUGCGACAAACAGAGGUUCUCCUGCAGCCAAAUCCAAGUGCUCGAAUAGAAGAGUUCAUAUAUGACAAGCUGGAGAAAAAGCUUCCUUCCAGGACAACCAAUGCAGAGCUGCUUGGCCAGUACAUGCUGGAUGCUUCCCGGGAUUUUGGACAAGAGACGCCAUACGGCAGUACCUUGAUCACGGUAGGAGAAUACCAGAAAAGACUUGGAUCAGCUGAGAGAGAGUUCCUUCAAACCUCCGCCACAACGUUCCUCACUCCAUUACGCAACUUCUUGGAAGGAGACUGGAAGACUAUAUCAAAAGAGAGGCGACUAUUGGAGAAUCGAAGGCUCGAUCUCGACAUCUGCAAAGCACGCUUGAAAAAAGCCAAGCAGGCGGAGGCCAAAGCAGCAGCUGCACCAGAUUUUCAGGAGACAAGGCCUCGAAAUUAUAUUCUUUCUGCAAGCGCUUCAGCGUUGCAGAGUGACUGGGAGAGUUGGGAUGUGGAGACAGAGACUGCUUUAUCAGAGCAGAAAAAGUUGCUGAGUGAGGAAGUGGACAAGGCAGAACACGAGCUACGUGUUGCACAGACAGAGUUUGACCGACAAGCUGAGGUCACCAGGCUUCUGCUUGAGGGCAUCAGCAGCACACAUCUGAACCACCAGCGUUGUCUGCAGGAUUUUGCAGAAGCUCAGGCCACCUAUUAUGCUCAGUGUCAUCACUACAUGCAUGAACUCCAGAGGGAGCUCAACAAAUGUGCUAAUGCAGUCGGGGCUCCCUACCAGUCUGCUGCUUCUUCUGACCCUGCCUCUGAUGCCUUCCCGUCUGUACCCCUCUCCCCUGGUACCACCGCACCCGCCUCCUCCAGCAAUAAGCCCAAAACACUGGCUAUGGAGCAACCGCAGAUCCCUGUCACAGGCACCAGAAAGGCCAAGGUCCUGUAUGACUACGACGCCCAUGACUCAAGCGAGCUGUCCCUGUUGGCUGAUGAGCUCAUCACCGUCUACACCGUACCAGGCAUGGACCCUGAUUGGCUUUUUGGGGAACGAGGCAACGAAAAGGGGAAGGUCCCCGUCACGUACCUGGAACUGCUGAGCUAGUAGAUGAAGUAAUGUCACAGUGCAGACAUGCAAGAGGCUCUUUCCACUGCCACUGUGUCUUUUUAUUUAGUGCACUUCUACUUAACGUCUACUUUGGCUGACAUUCUGAAAGCUCUCAGCGCAGUAGCGGUUUCUGACCACUAAAAAGUAACUUCCUCCUGGUUUCUACAUGUCACACACUCAGCAUUUACGUCGUAGUUUGAAAAUAUUUUUCUGUUCGUAUCAGGCAGGUUUCAUUCAUGGCCACAAAUCGUACGUAGUUCAGCAACAAGUGGGAGGUGAGGUACAAGUUUGGAAAAUUCCCAUUUUCUUGAAGUAGUCGGUAGGCCAAGACUAUACUUGUAUUGAGAGGCUGUCGCCAAGUCCGUGUAGGAGCAUAUGAGCAGUGAGGACGAGGUUAGGCACCCAAAUCUAGACAAAAUAAAAAUAACCACAGAAAACAAUUUGUGUAGAAAUUGGUGUCAAUGCUGAAAAGCUGCACAAAAAAGUGAGUGCAGUUUUUUUUUUUCAAACGUGGUAACAUAUUAGACUGAUUGUGUUAGAAAUGUGCACAAAUACUAUUCAUGUAAUGGGAGUUCUGUACCUGAAAAAUAUCGGAAAAAAGGAUGUGGAAAAUAACUUCAGCAUUUAUAUUCUGUGAAAUAGUUCGAGGUGUCCCAAUCUGGAGUAUGGGAUGUAUCGACUAGGGUAUAAUACGGCCUGCUAAAAUUUUCAAUCCAGCCUGCCGGACGUUUCUAAAUCGUGUUUUAAAACCACUAACAUCAAAACUGUUUGGAUUAAUGUAAAUUAUUUUAAUAGUAAUACCGUAUUUCCUUGAAUUGCCGCAGGGCAUAUAGUAAGCGCCUGCCUUCAAUUACUGCCGGGUCAAACUUGCGUCGCAAAAUAAUUAGCGCAUGCUUAGUAUUACCGCCUGGUCAAACUCAUGACGUCACGAGUGAUACUUCCCCUGUCAUCAUUUUCAAAACGGAGGAGGCUGAUUUCAAUGCCGGUAAUUUGAAAUCGCAUAAAGGGAAGAAGAUUAAGAGCUAUUCGGUAGGAUUUAAGGUCCAAGCUUACAUAACACAAUUUUUUUUACUGCAUUCCUUUGGUAAGUGCCUGAGUGAGAAGAGGUUUUAAAAUAAUUAGCGCAUGCUUACUUUUACCGCAUGCCUUUGGUAAGCGCAGGACUGAGAGGAGGUUUUAAAUUAAUUAGUGCCCCGGCGGCAAUUCAAGGAAAUACGGUAAUUUAAAUGGUUGGAAUCUGUGCUUUCGAAUCAGACAUAGACACUAAGCAGAGUGUUGAACCGUACUGCAGUCUAAAACACGACAUUUGUCAAUAAAAAAAAGUAGAACAUAAUUAUAAUUGCAUAUUACAGAUGAAGUCUCCAAGGCAUAUUAGCCAGUGUCCAGUAACAAACGUGUACGCAUCAAACAACUUUUUGUGUCGUUAGGUGUCGCCAAGAAACAUUGAACUCCAAGCAUGAGUGCAUUUUAGACAAGUUACUCAUAAGUAGAUUAAUAUUUUUCAUACCAACCAUUGUUCCCUGGUUAAUUCCACUUUCCUAACAUCACACAUUACAAAAUAAUAAAAAUGUGUAUCUACCAAUAUUCAGGGUUGCAAUAUAAGUAACAUGUGUGUCAACAAAAAGUUGUAUCAGGACUCCCCUGCUGUUUAAGAUGAUUAAGAUCAAAGGCAAUUUGGUGUUAUUGAAAUAUGGAAAAAGUUGGUGUUUUGUAGAUUUGAAAAAUGGUUAGUUUGAGUUUCGAGAAUGAGCUGAAUGAGGUUUGAAAUGGUUGACAAAUGUGUAAAUCACAAGUGGCAUGAUUAAAAAUGAUAGAACACUUUAUUGCAGAAAAAAACAUGGAAGUGAACGAACACACAGUAAUAAUAAUAAUAAUGAAACAAUACAACAGAAUAAAAAUACCAACACUAGACUAAUUACUGUUGUAUUUUCUUCUUGAGCUUUAUUUUAACAUUUUAUUUUCAAAUUUUGAACAUUUCCCAACGUUUUAAUACCGUCAUCAAUUACACUGGGACUGAUGGAAAAAAUAACCAUGGCGUCAGUUUUGUAAAAAAAAAAAAGUUUAUUUUAAUUGCAUUUUCUUUGAUUGAACUGUUUUGGGUCAUUUUAUUCAACCUAAUUUUAUUUAAAAUAUCCACCUUUCCAACCCCCUUGUUUGACAUUGUGACCAAACUUGUUUUAAAGUCUAUGUUCCCAUGUACUGGAAUGUGACCAGUUGGAAGACUGUACUCGGUAAAAGUAAUUUCUUUAACUUUUUGAGGUUUCAUGGGUGUUGCAGACUACAAAAAACAUCCCAUAGGAUUUACAUUGUGACCAGUGAUGAUUAAUCAAGACCGACCUUUGUUGUGAAACAAUAUAGAAUGUACAGUGCUUGUUUGGCUUGGUCUACAACUUCUGACUGCGUAAGACAAGGGUGUCCAAAAUGUGGCCCGCUUUAGAAAAUGACAGGACAAGCAGGGUCCUCACUGAAAACUACACUGGAUUUUCAGCAUAAAAAAGGUUGGGAAAAAAAAUCACAAUUUGAACAUGUUCCAUUUCAGGGAAAACAUUUUGGACACCCUUACUGUAAUUGAUGUGAUUCCUGACUUGCACAUAAUCAUGAUAUUGUCUAUCUUACACUUUGUACGUGACAUUAGCAGCAUGCAUGUAUUCAUUUAAUAAUCUCAAAAUAUGGCCACUAAAUCAUAGGAGUGUAACGGUACAUGUAUUUGUAUUGAACCGUUUCGGUACGGGGGUUUCGGUUCGGUUCGGAGGUGUACCGAACGAGUUUCCACACGGACAUAUUAAGUAGCAUACCGCACGUUGUGUAAACAAUGCACAUCGAGGCACAACACACGGCAUGCGAGCAGCGACCAGGCUACGAUAGACUGACCAUACCUCCUCUUCUACCGGGCUGUCCGGGUGGAGUUUCUUAAAUGCCUCAAAUUUCCGGCAUUUUAAGUUAGGGUUGCGUGUAUUUUCAAUGUACGUCUGGGGUUAAGAAGGGGUUGAAAACAAAACAAAUUUUGUGCGCAGCAGCAUUGGUGAGGGAGGGGCAGAGACAGAGAGAGCGAGAGAGUUAUUAUAAACGCGCAUGCGACGCCAGACUCUGCUUAUUACCCAUAGGUUUAGCAGAUUUUAUUUUUUAUUAACUAUAGCAGGGGUGUCAAAAGUGUGCCCCGGAAGCCAUUUGCGGCCCACAGCUAAUUUUUAAAGGCCCACGGCACUUUCUAAAAAUACUAUUAAAAUAAACAAAAGUGAAAUAAAAAAAACUUACAGGCAUUUUACAUGUAAUUUAGAAAAAGUUGCAAUGUUAACUAAUAAAACAAAGCUGUUUUUUUCUUUCAAACUGUCAGUGCUCAAAACAUAAUAUUGAAUCAAAAUCAAUUUUAUUAUGAAUUAUUGACUUAUCCAAGGUUCCCAUUACUUCACAUCAAAUAUUCCAGGAAGAAAAAUAUUUUUGGUAGAAGAUUUUGCAGAAUUGGUAAAUAACCGCCUUCCGUACCCCCAUUGUAGCCGAGAUAGGCGCCAGCGCCCCCCCCGCGACCCCAAAAAGGGAAUAAGCGGUAGAAAAUAGAUGGAUGGGUGGUAAAUAACCAACAUUUUUUUAUAUUUUGUUGUUUUCUUAUUGUACCGAAAGUGAACCGAACCGUGACCUCUGAACCGAGGUACUUACCGAACCAAAAUGUUUGUGUACCGUUACACCUCUACUAAAUCACGAGUGGUCGAAGUUUUUCCAGCGAGGGCUGCAUGCAGAGUAAUUGAAGAGGAAGUGCAUUCUGUACUUUGGUACAUUAAAGAUGUUAAAGGUGUGCUGUAAUGUCGAAUUAUUCAUUUUAUUUUACUUUUAGAAUAUGAAGCGGGAAUAUCGAAGGAAGAAUGGACCCUGGGACAUCUUUUGACCACCCUUGGUUUUUAGCAUCAGCCAAAAAUAAAUAUUAAUUCUAUGUUUGUGUCAGUGCGCCAUCAUACACAUUUUUUGUCACCUUUCUGUUGCUUUCAUGUUUUUUUUUCUUGUGUGAUAUGCUUUCACGUGUUAUGGACAAGACGUUAUGGCUGACUAAGUGUGCAAUAAAUUUGCAUGUGUGGAACUGUAACAA